UGCUGCAGCGAAAAGCUCAGCAUCGGUAAAGUCCGCUGACAGACCCUGUUCUGGUUCAGAGGAGAGAGUAUACCGGACGAAGCAUCGGCUGUGUUCGGCUGUCAAUCUCUGGAGUUGUUGAUUGUACUCGGAUUCAUUUUGAACCAAAUACAGAGAAACAAUUAGCAGGAUUCAGAACUUCACUGCAGAGACUUACUCACAAGUAAUGCUGUGUUUAGGAGAUUCUACUGACUGCCUCCGGGACCAAAUGCAGUACAUGAUGAGAUCCUUGCAGGACCUGAAGCAGAUAAGCAGGCCGAGGCCACUGAGUGAACCAUGUCCUCAGUCCUUCGCUGUAACAUGGCGUUGCAAACAGAGGGCACAGCAAGAGCGACUCACUCGUCUACGGGUUUCUGAUGCCAGUGAAGCCAGCACAUAUGACUCUGCCUGUUGCCUGGCCAGCCCCCUGGAAGAAGAGGAAGAGCAGCAUGAGCGGUUGAAACAAGGCUCCCCAAGCAGUGAAAAGAGUCUGGACUUUGACUCGGGUUACUCUGAGGCUUCCUGGCAGGAUGAAGGUGUGGUGCUGAGGAGGACCAGAAAUGUGAGAGUCUCUUCUUCUGCCUGCCUCCGCACAAACAGAGGACCUUCUGGCCGAAUCCGGCCCAAAUCAACCUCGGACGCUUGCCUGGAGCGCUGGACCUCAUUUGAGGCCGGUGACCCAGAGGACUGGACAACAUCGCUGCUGAGCCGCAGCAGGAACAGACAGCCCCUGGUUCUGGGGGACAACAGCUUUGCUGACCUAAUAAAGAACUGGAUGGACCUACCAGAGAGUCCUGAGCCAGCAGAACUAAAGCCCAGUGCAGGCCGGCGCCUUGCCAAAGACAUUUUGGUCAACAUGCGCCGCAGACUGGCAGGGAUGUCUAAAAGUGUGGAGGUGAGGCCAAGGCCAGUAGUCUCCACAAGAGUCAGCAGGGCUGCAGAGGCUCCCAAACGGAUGUCCUGUCCUGUGGGUCUCCAGGCUCUCAAACCUUUCUUUCACCAGUCUCACACAGGCCUGCAUCAACUGGACACUGACUUCUACCAGUUCACCGCACUCAUGAAGACAGGCAGCCGACAACCCAUCAUAUGCAAUGACAUUAUUGGAUACAUUUAAGCGAGGCAGUAACGGUGGACUGACCCUUUAACAUAAAUUAAAAUAAGAUGGUUCUAUUUUCAUAAUUUCCUUUUGUCCACAAUGUUGAUACAUCUGGAAUAAAAGUUUUUUUGGAUUUAAUGAAAAUGUUUUCUGUUCCUUCCUGAGUUUGAGCAGUGUUAAAUGUAAAAAUCGUAUUAUUGUAGCCACCUGUCAUUGUGUUUGACACAUUUUAAGCUUCUUCUUAAUCCUUCAUGAGACAUGUGAUGUUAUUGGAGUGAAGGUGCCAUUGCAGACAUUGCAUCAUUGAUGCAGUAUUUUGUGUCAACUUUUAAGCUCAAUCAGUCAGUCUUUUGACAGUUAAUGUGAUGCUAUUUUUAAAGAAAAUAAAUAUUCUAUCAACAUCUCCA